AGUUAUUUUUUCAAAGAAUUCAAUUGGUUUGUUUGGAGCCACAAACAAGUCGGCGAAGCAAAAAGCACGACGUGGACUUGGCGCGGUUCUCUGACUCUGGGCAACACCUGUAAACGUGACUUGUUAAUGUGCAUAGACGUUUUGCCGCCGACUAUAGGUACUUGUUGUUCUUCGGUGUUGUUGACUCUUGUUUGUGUAAACAACGGUGGUCAGAGGCAACGGCAGUGGCAGCAGCAGCUGUGCUGAUCUGGCAUAGCCGGCGGCACGAUAAACCGGCGGCUAGUGUUGAAAGAGUCGCCGUCACCGUGAUUCCAAAUGAGCAGAGCAAAUAAAGAAACAAUGAACGGACGCAUCAUACGCAUCAACCGGGUGCCUGCCACCAUAACGGUCAUUCUGUUAACCAUCGUCUUGGUAUAUUUCCUCAACUUUCACAAGGAGGAGCGACCUGCCAUUUAUGGCAUGCUACGCAGUGACAAUAAGGUCAAUCUACGGAAAAUGCUUAUUGCCGCCAUACAGGCGGCACAGCGCGGUGGCUUGGAGAUCUUGGAUGUGGCGCAUUCGCGUCAGCUGAAGGAGCGCAGCAAGGGCAAGACGGCUGAAGGGGUCAAUGAUCCAUUUACGGAUGCAGAUGGUCGCUCGCACUGUGUGAUGAAGCAGGGCCUCAAACGCAUCUUUCCACGUGUGCAAAUCUUCUCGGAGGAGGAUAAGGAACAUUGCAAAGAUUCGCACAGCUUCGAUCUGGAUCCCACGGUGCUGCAUGAGACAGCCAUAGUGCCCGACGUGGAAGUGACGGCACCAGAUGUUACCGUUUGGGUAGAUCCCCUGGAUGCCACCAAGGAGUUUACAGAGGAACUCUACGAGUAUGUCACAACCAUGGUGUGCGUGGCUGUUGCUGGUCAGCCGGUGAUUGGCGUCAUCCACAAUCCGUUUAGCGGACACACCGCCUGGGCUUGGGUGGGACACAGCAUGUCCGAGUACCUGGCGGAACUGCAUAAGCUACCUCAUCAGGACCCAUCAGGGGAACCCAUCAUCACAAUCUCACGGUCCCAUACCGCCGCUGCCAACGAAGUGACCCGAAGUGUCUUCGGCGAUAAUGUCAAUAUAUUGACAGCAGCUGGAGCUGGCUACAAGGUGCUGCAAGUGGUGGUCAAUAAUGCAACCGCAUAUCUGCAUACCUCAAUCAUCAAGAAAUGGGACAUUUGUGCCGGCGAUGCCAUACUGCGCGCUCUCGGAGGCGCCAUGACAACGCUCAAUGAUGAAGCCAUCAACUAUGGCCCCAACGAGUCGCCAGUGAAUAAGGACGGACUAUUGGCCAGCCUUGAACAGCACGGCAAGUACAUGGAACGCCUCUCCAAAUAUCGUACUCUUCACAAUGGCAAGCUCAGGUAGUAAAGGACAACAAUUCUCCCACUCUCCAACUGGAAUCUCUCCCGGCAGCAGCUGGACACGUGCAACGUCUUCAGCUUAGGCUUAAGUUCUAAAGUGAAAACCUGUUUCUGUUAUUCUCUUCUCAUCGGGUCAUGAACUUGAGAGAGCGCAAGCAACAACAAAGUAGAGUCGCGUUCAAAUGAAUACAUUUAUUUACAUACAGACAUAUGUUUACGUUUAUUUAAAUUAAAUUUAGUGAUAAGCGAUUCAUAAAAUCGCUCGUUAAAGAAACUUUAAUUUUGAAUUCAUACUUUUCCAGUCCAACACUUUUUUAUACCCUGUAACUAUUCAAAAUGUCGACUGUGUAAAUGUCAUAACGAACGAUAAAUAAUUUUAGAAAAUAUUUAAGAAACACAGUAAAAAAGAAUAAUUCAAUAUAAUUCACAUUGUCACAUGA